GGAGCGUUUCCACAGAGAGGGAGAAGAAGCCAAGCCAGCGAACAGGGAACGUGCCCGUUCGUAGUUCGCUCGUGUCGCGGCUUUUUCCCAAAUGGCAACGACCGCCGACGACCAGCGGAAACCGGCACACGUUGCUGGGCCUUCGACGCACCACGGCUGCCAGCACCACAACAGCAACAACAAUAACAACAACAACAAUAACAACAAAGACAGCGAGGCGGGAGAGAGCGCGAGCUCCACGACCGCCACGGCGUCCGAACCCGGCGGGACGGCGUCGCAGGGUAUCGGCAACGGCUCGGUCAUCAAUCCCGGCGGCGGGAAUAACGGGAAGUGGGUCCGGUUGAACGUCGGCGGCACGGUGUUCCUCACGACCCGACAGACGCUCCUGAAGGAGCAAACUUCGUUCCUUUACCGACUGUGCCAGCAGCAGGACCUGCACUCAGACACGGACGAGACUGGAGCCUAUGUGAUUGACAGAGACCCCACCUACUUCGGCCCCAUCCUCAACUACUUACGGCAUGGAAAAUUGGUCUACAACAAGGAGCUCGCUGAAGAAGGUGUCCUGGAAGAGGCAGAGUUUUACAACAUAACGCCGUUGAUCAAACUAAUUAAAGAGAGGAUCAUUGAGAGAGACUCAAAAGCCACACAGCAGGUGCCCCCCAAGCACGUUUACCGAGUGUUGCAGUGCCAGGAGGAGGAACUGACCCAGAUGGUCUCCACCAUGUCAGACGGCUGGAAGUUUGAGCAGGUCAGCGUGCGCACCUGCAGAAAGCCCCGCACCGGACUGCUCUGGACUAUGGUGAACAUCGGCUCGUCGUACAGCUACGGAACAGAGGACCAGGCAGAAUUUCUGUGCGUGGUGUCCAAGGAGCUCCACACACCCGGAUCUGGCCUGGGCACAGAGCAGAGCCACAAAACCAAGCCGGCAGAGAUGCAAGAAGAGGAAGCAGCGAAGGAGGAGGAGGAGGAGGUGGAGGAGGAGGGAGGGAGAGAAACCACACCAAAUGAGUGGAUUAGAGAAUGA